AUGAUGAGCGGACGAAGAUUGGCCUCGUGUUCAGCAGUCGCAGCUGUGUUGCUGGUGCUCAUAAUUAGUGGUUCAGUUACAUCGUCAGACGCCAUAUUUCUCGACGUCUAUGCCGAUGCCGGCACCGGUAGCAUUUCACGCGACGUUCCCCGGUUUUUCGAUGUGCGGUUUCCGCGCGACAAUACCAUUUUAUUUACGGCUCUACUGCACCGCUCUAUGGAGUUCAGUCACGAAGCGAAUGUGGCGUGGGUCCGCGUAGACACUCAGACAAUCUUGAGCAUCCACCACAACAUAAUAACGCAGAACGCGCGCAUCAGUCUGUCGUACAACGACCACCGCUCGUGGUACCUGCACAUCAAGAACGUGCAGGAGGUGGACCGCGGCUGGUACAUGUGCCAGGUCAACACCGAUCCCAUGCGCUCCAGGAAGGGCUACCUUCAGGUGGUUGUUCCACCAGUCAUAAUAGAUAACAUGACGUCGACCGACAUGGUGGUUCGCGAAGGUACCAACGUGACCAUGGUCUGCCGUGCCACUGGCUAUCCUGAACCGUACGUCAUGUGGAGGCGAGAGGAUGGACAGGAGUUCAACUGUAAUGGUGAAUCGGUGAACGUGGUAGAUGGUGAAAAUUUAACGAUAUCGAAAGUGUCUCGGCUUCACAUGGGCGCCUACUUGUGUAUCGCCUCGAACGGAGUCCCUCCAUCGAUCAGCAAGCGUGUCGUGCUUAUGGUGCAAUUUCCACCGAUGUUGUCCAUACCCAACCAACUGGAGGCGGCAUAUAUUGGCCAGGACGUGACGCUGGAGUGCCACACAGAGGCGUAUCCCUCCUCCAUCAACUACUGGACCACUGACCGCGGGGACAUGAUCAUAUCAGGAAAUAAAUACAUCACGUCACUAAGCGACGACAGUUACAGUCGGAAAAUGAAAUUGACUAUACGGAGGGUAUCGUCAAGAGAUUUUUCAUCUUACCGCUGCGUCGCGAAGAACUCCCUUGGCGAGACGGAUGGGCUUAUACGACUUGACGAAAUACCUGCGCCUUCGACGACGAGUACCACGGACAAUAACGUCCCCACAUUUCCUCAAAGGAAGAAAGGUAAACAUAAAAAUCGUUGGCGGGACAGCUCCGCCGAGAACAGAGUCAUAGGAGACUACGAAGUAGAAGAGUGGAAAGAUGUCGAUUACGAGUCGACGCAAUCUUCCCGGUCCACCAUCAGUCGAAGCGCUUCUCUAGUCAUCAUUGGAGGCUUUCUGAUUGCCAGCUGA